AUGCCACCAGCAGAAUUCAAGGAGCUGAAGGUGCCUGAGUCUGUUAAAUGUAAGAGAAGAGCUAGGGCUAAGGGUCUUAAUGCUACUGCAGCUCAAGCACCUAGGGCUGGUCAAGCAACACAUUCUGCUCCCUCUCAGGUUCAACCAGUUUCACAGUAUAGUGGUAGAAGUCAGGGUUUUGGUGGUCGCGGUCAGGGUGGUAGAGGUUCUGGUGGUAGAGGAUUUGCUCAAACUCAGGGACAGGCAUCUGGUGGUAGAGGUCAAGCUAGGGUUUUUGCUUUAACUCAGCAGGAUGCUCAGGCGUCUAAUGCAGUAGUGACAGGAUCAAUGGCAUCUGAUCCUUUAGAGCACGGGCCUCUUAGACCGAUAGAGGAAGAAGUAGAGAGUCACACACCCACACUUGCUCCUAGUCGGGGGCGAAGUAGUAGUAGAGUAGAGUCAUCUCGAGGUGCUGUGGAUAGGGCACAGCAGGCCUUCUUAGAACAGAUGACACAGCUGCUCCGCCAGGUCACCAGAGCUAUACCUCAGCCACAACCACCUCCACCUCCACAGCCACAGCCAUAG